AUGAACUACUUCCACUGUUCAAACAUUAUUAGAACCCAUCUAAGCAAAAAAAUAUAUUAUUAUCGAGUGAAUCUUCGUAAAUGCUUUUAUGCAACGGAUCACCAGAAAUUUUAUGGCGAAGUAGCUCUAAUAACUGGUGGUACACGUGGGAUCGGAUUCGAACUCGCGAAAAAAUUCGCAACGGGUGGAGCAAAUUGUAUUGUAGUUGGAAAAAAUUCGGAACGCGUAAAUGUUGCUGUUCUAAAUCUAAUGAAAUUGGAGAGAGAGAAAAAGAAUAACGCGGAUAAUAAUAAAAAAGGUGAAAUUGGUCAUGAUCAUGAUAAUAGACAUAUAGGCAUCGUAUGUGAUUUGAGCAGUGGUAUAGAAAUCGAAAAAGCGGCAAAGGCAUUCAAGCAUUUUGGAAGAGUCGAUUAUUUGAUAAACGCUGCUGGCAUUUCGCACGACAGCUUGUUAAUCCAAGUAAAAGAUAGUGAAAUCGACGAAAUAAUAAGCACUAAUUUAGUUGGGGCUAUUCUUGUGUCUCGUAAUGUUGCUAAAAUUAUGUUACGACAAAAUAAAGGCUGCAUUAUAAAUAUUUCAAGCGUUAUUGGACUUUACGGAAAUUCGGGGCAAUCCAUAUAUAGUGCUUCAAAAGCAGGAAUAAUAGGAUUUUCGAAAUCUCUCGCCAAAGAACUUGCUCGGAAAAAUAUACGAGUCAAUGUGAUUGCACCUGGAUAUAUUGAUACAGAGAUGACAUCGGGAUUACCAUCAAAGACUAAAGACGAAAUCUUAUCGAAAACGUUGUUGAAUCGUAUUGGAGAUGUAAAGGAUGUCGCUCACGCUGCUAUGUAUCUUGCAACAGCUAAUUUCGUGACUGGACAGACUUUAAUUGUUGAUGGUGGAUUAUCGAUUUCUUAG